UGAAUAAAACUUAGUUUGCCAAACAUUAAACAUCGAAAUUUAGUCUAGCGUAUACACAGAUCAAAAAUUUUGUUGUAAUAUAUAUAUUUUUUUUCUCUUUCGAUUUUGUUAAGUAAUCACAGAAAUUUAAAAAAAUGAAACUCUCACCUAUACUCUUGCCACGCUAUAUAAUGUGGGAAAUGCUGCGACAACUGAAGGAUCCUAAUAUUGAUCAUAAAAUUUGGGCAAAGUACAAGUUUCUUCAAAGAAACCACAAACGAGAAAACAAUGCAGAGACAAUGAAAAGCAAUGAUACUAAAGGCUGCCAUUAUUCAAAAUUUCAAGACGAUUGCAAGGCAUUGCUUAAAUCUGGACAGGUGUACAAAACAAAUGAUUUUCGUAUUCAAAUCGGUCAAGACCAUAUGCCAGAGUCUCGAAUACAUUGUUGCAAUGGAAGUGCCACAAAGAAAUUGCCGGCAAGCAGCAACAACAACAACAACAACAACAACAACAACAACAACAACAACAAAAAGAAGCCAAUUGAGUAAUGAGAUCGACUAGGUCCAACUAAAUUACUAUUACUAAAUUAACAGAUUGUGUGUUGGGAAUGAACGACGACGACGACGCCGACAUGAAUCAGGUCUCUAUAAGUUUUACUACACAAGAUCAUAAAACUGAACGCGCGCAGACAUUAUAAAGUCAUAAAGCAAAAAGAGCAAAAAGAAGAAGAGAAUACAAAGUGAUAAAAGUGAAUUUCCAUGGACAGUUUACGAUGCCGAUGCCGAUGCCGCCCUCUGCCCUCUGGCCUCUUCCACCCCCCCCACUCCCUGCUAUUUGUUGCCAUAUGUAAGAAGGCUGGGCCCAAAAGUAGAGUACCCUUACCCCCUGCCCUGCCCUGGCCUGCCCCUACCCACGGGGCACAAAGUGUGUGAGAGAAAAAAAAAACAUAAAUAAAAACAAAUUUUUAUAUAUA